AUGUCUGCAACCGUUAAACUAUAUGUAUACGAUCUCAGCAAGGGCAUGGCUCGCCAGCUCUCGCGGCAGCUGACCGGACGACAGAUAGAUGGUAUCUGGCAUACAUCUGUCGUUGUGUUUGGAAAAGAGAUCUUUUAUGGUCUAGGCAUCAACACGACUCCUCCUGGGAGAUCGCAUCACGGCGCCCCUAUGCAGGUUUUAGAUAUGGGAGAAACGUCAAUAGAUGAGGAGACGUUUACCGAAUACUUGGAAGAGAUGAGAAGCCAUUAUACUGCGGACAAAUACCACCUCUUAGAAUUCAAUUGCAACUCAUUUACAAAUGAUUGCGUCGGGUUUCUUACCGGAGGCUCCAUCCCCUCCUUCAUUUCAGACCUACCCACUGACUUCCUAUCCACUCCAUUCGGCCAGAGUCUUCGCCCAACAAUAGAUGCAAUGUAUCGAAGACCAUCCCCCGGUGUCCCAGCCAUACCUGCCAAUGCCCCCCCUAACCCAGAACUGGCAGCUUCCAUUCUACAAAGUUCUCUUACAUCUCCAAUCCACGCUAUAACGAAUCCUCCUGCUUUCCACGCGUUCCUCAAGAGCCAUAGGGCGGCUGUCGCAUUUUUCACGAGUAACACCUGCCCCCCGUGUAGAAUGAUCGAGCCAGUUUUUGAACGUCUCUCUGAGGAAAAAGGAUUACAGGAAGGGCGUGAUGGUGCUGGUUUUGCCAAGGUCGAUAUCGAUGUGGGGAUGGGUCGUAAUCUCGCAGCAGAGUACUCCGUUAGGGCUACUCCGACUUUCAUGUUUUUCUUGGAUGGGGAAAAGAUUGAGGAAAUAAAGGGUGCAGACGCGAACGAACUGAGAGCCCAAGUCGAUCUUUUGCUUUUUCAAGCGUUUCCUCCACACCCACACACCAAGCUUUCACUUCCUGCCAUCCAAGCUCUCGAGCUGAAGCCUAUCUUAUUCUCUCAAAUCCCGCCUGUUGAUACAGCUCAAGUCAAACAAACUCUCACCACGACAGUCACCCCAUACCUUAAGGCUCGAUUCUUAGUGCCUCCAAAUGCACCCAAAGCCCCAGCUCGACCGCUUCCAUCUGCAACUCCAGCAAUCCUGACUCCAUGGGCUCAAGCAACCGCUUCUCUCGCCACCGCUCUCCCAAUCGAAACUCUGUUUCCCCUCGUCGACACAUGGCGGCUGGCACUUCUAGAUCCAGCCGUUGGUGCGUGGAUAGCGGCGACCCCAUCUUUCUCUGACCCUAUCAACCUACUCCUUCCUCAAGCCAAUUCCGCACUCCAGACUCCAUCAAAGUCAUCUCGGAACUACGUGCUCACCUUCCUGCGCCUCCUAUGCAACGCAACGUCAAGUGCUCCUCUGGCGCAGAAGCUCCUGCAGUCCUCCAUGCGCCAGGACGUGACGGCGGUUCUUGUUCCGAGUUUGUUGCAUGACGACGUCCAAGUCCGCACGGCUGCUGCGAGUCUGGCGUUCAAUGUUGCUGCGGUGCUCCAGAAGCCGAGGGUGGAAGCUGUGAGGACAGGGAGACGCUUAGACGAGCCUGAUGAUGUGGAGAUGGUUAGUGCUGUUGUAGAAGCUUUGGAUAGAGAAAAGGAUAAUGAGGAAGUUGUCCAUCGACUGACGGCGUGUCUGGCGUUCCUUCUUCGUCUUUCAUCAUUCCACGAAUCUCAUCAGGAUCUGCUGGAGGCGCUGCAAACUCGUGAUAAGUUGAAGGGGAAGCUUAUGAAAGGGGAACAUUGGAAUGGGGAGGGAGGUGUUGGGAAGAAGGAAGUGAGGAAGCUGAUUGACGAGGUUGCUGGUAGACUUUGUCCUUGAGUUGUAGAGAUAGAAAGGAUUGUAAAUUUAUGUGCUGAAAAUAAUAGUGUAUUGCUGUAUCACUA